UUGCCCAGGUUGGGCUGUCCCCAUCCUUCUGCCUCGGCCUCCUGGAGUGCUGGGAUUGCAGGCAUGCCCGACUCUCCAUGGUAGGUCUUCAGAUUCCUGCUCUUCCAAAUGAAUCUCCAGGGAAACAAGAAAUUAAAAGGCAUUCAGUGCGGUGCUGUCCCCCAGGGGAGGCUCCUGGACGAGGGGCGUGACUGGUGGAGGCAGGAAAGGGUGGACCAACAGGGGCUGGAGCACAGAGAUCCUGCGUUCACACCACACCCCACCCCAACUCACUGGCUGCCCGCUGCCUGCUGCCCGCGUCCUCCCUUCCCCCUCCGCCCAGGGGACUGUAGGACCCGGAUCUCAGUCUCUGUCCUGCGCAGACCCUCAAAAGAUACCUGUUCCCUGUCCUCACGGGCCAGCGCUGCGGAUGCAAGGGGCAGGGGAGAGCGUCCCGCCCCCGGCCCUGUCCCGCCUGCGGCUUAGCUCGCACGCGAUCUGCCGCCUUGCCUGACGGUCUUGGCCACAGGAGGAAGCGCACUGCACGCGAUGGGGCCGUGCAGGAGACAUGCACCCUCUCACCUGGAGACAGCCUGCGAGGAGGGGCCCCGGUGCAGGAGGGGCGGCUGCUGCUGGAGUCUCUCAAUGGCUUCGCUCUGGUUGUGAGUGCAGAAGGGAUGAUAUUUUAUGCAUCAGCAACAAUUGUGGACUAUCUGGGAUUCCACCAGACAGAUGUAAUGCACCAGAAUAUUUAUGACUACAUCCACGUUGAUGACCGCCAGGACUUCUGCCGGCAGCUCCACUGGGCCAUGGACCCCCCACAGGCGAGGUGUGGGCAGCCGCCACAUACAGAGACAGAAGACAACACAGUCUUGGGGAGGCUCCUCAGGGCCCAGGAAGGGGGCGUGGGCUCACCCCCUGAGUACUCGGCCUUCCUGACUCGGUGCUUCAUCUGCCGUGUACGCUGCCUGCUGGACAGCACCUCUGGCUUUUUGACAAUGCAGUUUCAAGGAAAACUAAGAUUCCUGCUGGGACAGAAGAAGAAAGCACCUUCAGGAACAGUCCUGCCCCCACAGCUCUCACUGUUCUGCACUGUGGUGCCUGUCCUGCUGCCCUCCACCACCGAGAUGAAAAUGAAGAGCGCAUAUCUGCGGGUGAAGCACAGGGCAGACGUGGCAGCCAUGACAGACACACGGGCAAAAUCGACCAUGAGUGUGUGUGAAUCAGAACUUCCUGGAAAACCCAGCUACUUAACAGGAAGGAACAAUGGUGAAAAUGGCAUCUCAGUGUUCAGGGCACAAACAGACGCCGGUCACUGGGCCCGGGUUCCAGUCAGAGCUCGGUGCCCCUGUCUCAGGGGCAUGGAUCUAAUCCUGGAUUCCAAGGGGGUCACAGCGAACAGGGAAGAAACAGAACAGGACAGGAUGCUGAGUGGCUCCACAGGAGGGAGGACACGGAGGGAGGCACACAUGUACAAUUGCCACUCAGAGAUGCCAGUACCUGGGAGGUUCCCAAACUGGAUGAUGGAAAAGUGUGGACAGGAUGGCAGCACCAAGCUAAAGCCACUGCCAGGCAGGAAUGAGCCCCUCUCCGUGUGCACCUCUUCCCUGGGCUCCUUCAUACCGCACCCGGGCACUGAGGGCACAUUCAGUACUAGCAGCAUGGCUACCUUCAGAAAUCCUCCAGGCCAUGUUCCCAGUGCCUAUUGUGGCCGGAUGAGCAGAGCCUGGCGGGACAUUUAUCAGGGCCAGGUGCCUCUAUCCUCCUGUGGCACUGGAAUGCAGUGCUUCACCCCUGGGGGCCACUGCACAGAGGAUGUAAAGCCUCCAGGUCGGCCGAUGCCCUCAGGUGCCCCAUGCAAUCCUGUGCUGCCUCUGGAGGUACCAAUCAAGAUGGAAAAUGACUCUGGGUCAGAGGACACAGCAGAAGGUUGCACCCCUAGCCAAGUGUGGCUGGGAGCCAGUGAUAUCACCAAGAGACAUUUGGUCACUUUCCCCACCAGGAUGCACCUGAAAGCAGAGCCAGACUGCGGACACCAGGUCUACAACCAGCCCCUCAGCUUAGGCAUGCUGGCAACACACCCUCAGAGCAGGGUCACUGCUGGGCCCUGCCGGGAACUGGGCCCAUUCUACCCUGUGCAAAGCUCCUGCCUGGAGCUGGGGCCUACCCGUCACCUCUGCACCCUGGGCAACAGUGAGUGCAGGGCACCGGAGGUAGCACCCAUGGUCAAGCGUGAGCCCCUAGACUCUCCCCCAUGGGCCGUGACUGGCCAGGGUACAGUGCCUGGGGUCUUCCCCAAAAAUGCUUCUGCCCUGCAGGUUCCACCCAGAACCCCUGAAACUCCUUUUCUGCUGUAGAGCUGCUGCCACACAUUCCAGAAACCACUUGCAUCCACACACUCACCCAGCUCCUGUCCUGCACAGUGCUCUGAGUCAGUUUGAGGCCACCUAAGUAUGGAGAUAGACAGGGUAAUACCCUGUUCCUUCCAGAAACCUCACUUUUCCAUGGCCUGAAGACAGCUUUGGGAUGUCUCUGUCUCUGGCACAUCCUGCAGUGGGGCUCACAGCAUCAGGCAGUGGGCACAGCACACAGGGCAGCAGAGGACAGAGCAAGAGGCCAUGCCACCCUGCCUGACUGCGAGAUGCAGUGCUUUCCAGUGAGGGCCCCACCCUCGCCCUAUGAAGAUUUAGGUGUCUGGGGCUGGGGAUUUAGCUCAGCGGCAUAAGUGCCUACUUUGCAAGCGCACGGUCAUGAGUUUGAUCCCUGGUACCCAUAAAAAGAAAGAUUUAGGUGUCUAAUAUGCCUUAAAAAUUGUAAUGGGAGGCAAUUCACUCACGUGGUAGGAAACAAAUUCAAUGUGUGCCUCAGAAAGGAAGGUUGCCACACUUACCCUCAAGGUGGCUCACAGCUGGUAGCACAGCUUAGGGUCUCCCCAUGCGUGUUUUGCCCUGGUUAGUGCAGGGCCCAUGAACAGAGGGAGCCAGAAGCAAAGCUCUGGGUCCUGCUGCAGCAGCCACCCACCUACAUUCCCAGGGUCUUGGGUGUGGCAGGAGCCUGCGGGGCUGGGACUUUCGCUUCACCCCCUCAUCUCUUCAGCAGUACUUUCCCCAUAACCUGUGGCUUUGGAGCGCCAGGGCUCAGCCCGUUUACGGUGGAUUUCAUUAGGCAGAUACAUGUAUGCCUUGUCACAACUCAAGCCCCUGAGCAGCCAGACUUUCAGGAAGACUCACGGUGGGCCCAAGAGGGAGCUGAGGGUGCACACCAGGCACAGGUUCAAAGGCUGGUCAUUCAGGGCCUCCCCACCUCUGCCUAGACCACAGCAGCCUUCAGAAGUGGGACAGGUGCUAUGCUGUCAUGGGUGUGACACACACAUCUUCCACCUCCUCCAUCAUCUCCCUCACUAAAGCAGGAAUUGGGAUGGUGUCCCAGGCCUGGAAGCUGGGACCUGCCUCACCUCUCUUCCCUUCCUGCUGGCCCAGGGUCCACUUAGACUCCAGUUUCUUUGAAAACACAACUGACAUCUACUCUCUGGACAUUUAUGGACUGAACCCUAAGGGGUGGAUUUCAGACUCAUCCUUCCUUCCUUCUCAGCUGUAACCCAGUGCACCACUCUGGAGUGUGGCGAGCCCUCUAUGCACUGAGACCUGAUGUACCUCCCAGAAGGCAUGGCCAAGUUCAUGUAUCAUUGUGUGCUCCCUCUCCGGCGGGCUGGCCUGCAUCCCUAGCCUGAGACAGCAUCAGCAUCUCAGUCUUUCUUUUCAGGACAAGGACAGAGGGCACAGCAGAUCAAUAGCACAGUAUCUGUAUAACAUGUCCAGCACUGCAUGCAUGUAACAUGUCUGGUACUGUGCUGUGUGACAUGUCUUGCAUUGUACAUGCAUAGCAUGACUGGCAGUGCAGGCAUGUACUGUGUCUGGAGGGUUGGGAAGUGGAAAAACAGACCAGGGAGAUGGAAUUAACAGACUUCCUUGCACAUCUGCCAAGGCUAGCCGUGUGACCAAAGGAGAGCUAGAGAUAUGCAAAGCCAGAGACUCCUGCUGGCUGGACCACUCUACCUGCCCUGCCCCAGCCUUUCAAAUGCACCUCAUCUGCGUGCCCUGCUGGGGAGGGUAACCCAGGACAAGCCACGAACUACUUGCAAGCCAUGCUUGGUGAACACUGAGCUAGGCAUCUGGACCUGAGCUCUGCAGGCUAGGAUGCCACAUUAUACCACAGCCCUUAAACACACAGGGCCAGGGCUACAUCCAUGCAGUAGACCCCCAGAUCUGCAUUUCUGUGGUUAGGUAUUAUGUGCCUCCUGCAAACUGGUGUAGGAAAGUGAUGGGGCAUGCUGCAGCUGUGGUCACUUCCACAGGGUCAUUCUCAGUACUAACUCCAGGCGAACGCUCUUCUGUGGUGUAUAGCUUUUGCCUAAAUAACUGAAUAUCAAAAUCAAAUAUAAUGUAGAGUGUGCCAAAGGGAGGGUAAAUACAAAUUACAUUUUAUAUGUUACAGUGGAUACUGCAAGAAGAAAUUUCUCAGAGGCCAUACCGGCCCAGUGAAGUCUUAAGCAGAUAUUACAGAGCAGCUCUUUGUGCUAUUUUCUCAGUGCCUUUAACAGAGCUUCCGGAUAUAUUUCUUUUUUAAAAAGGAGGUUCAGAUAUAUGUCUUAUACUGUGGUUUGUAUUAAAUUUUCAGAAUUGGUAUAAAAAAAUUACAUGUUCA